CGCGAAGCAGUUAUAAAUUUUUAAUUGUAUUUACUAUUUACAGAGUUGCAGUUUGCGGUUUACUUAUAAUUUAGUAUUUUACAUAUUUAGCCUCACUUAAUAUGAUUAACAAUUGUUUAUCAAACAAUUUAUUAGCACGAAGGAGUACAGACGAUGAGCCAGUAGUGAUGCGAGUGCAAGUUUAGUGAACCAACAAAAGUUGCGAAUUGAACGACAUGAUAUCACUUAACGAUUUUUUCACCGCAGUCGGGCUGUUUUUUACAUUCGGUAUUGUGUUAAAAUGGCUAAAUUUGAUCUUUGCUCAUGCCGUGGCUGUAUUUGUUGGAUUUGGAUACCCAUGGAAAAAGUUUGGCGGCUGGGCAGUGGUUACGGGAGCGACGGAUGGAAUAGGAAAAGCUUUUGCGUUUGCGUUGGCUGCUAAAGGGCUAAAUGUCGUUCUUCUCGGACGGAAUCGACAAAAACUUGCUGCCGUUUCUGCAAAAAUCGCGAAAAAGCAUCGAGUGGAAGUUAAUGUCAUUCAGGCUGACUUUACCGAAGAGGAUUGUUACGAACGUAUUGAGCGCUUGUUGAGGGAAGUUCGUGUAAGCGUGCUAGUGAAUAACGUAGGCAAGAUGUUAAAUUAUCCCGAAUAUUUUCAUCUGAUUCCCGAUGGUGAGCGGACAAUGUUGGAUAUUAUUCGUUGCAAUACCAUUGCGAUCACUAUGAUGAAUCGGAUAUGCAUCCCUAAAAUGAAACAUUUUCGGCGAGGACUCAUCAUCAAUAUUUCUUCGGCAUCCGCACUAACUCCUUCUCCUCUUGCCGCGGUGUAUUCGGCAUCUAAAGCGUAUGUCGAUUUCCUAUCUCAAGCGUUAAACUACGAAUAUUCGGAUUAUGGAAUUACGGUGCAGUCGGUUCUUCCGUUUACUGUUCGAACCAAAAUGACCGGUAAUCCCGCAAAGGACUUAUUCACUCCCGAUCCAGACGAAUAUGUUCAGGCAGCACUUCGUACUGUGGGAAUAUCAUCUCGCACGCAUGGGUACUUUCCGCACGCACUCCAAGGGUGGUAUUAUUCAAUUUUGCCAUCAUGGAUUGGCGAAAGAAUGCAGAAGAAGUUUUUCUUGGGAUUACGAGAGUCAAUGAUUGAUAGUUUAUCGAAAGCGGACGACUUCAGUUUGCAGUCGAAACGCUACGGACCAGUUUGCUCGAAUACUUUGGGUUGCAUCAAAAUAUACAAAGAUAGCUGCGCAUUAAUAAGCAAAUUUUAUCAAAUCUGCGGUAUUCUUUAUCGGUCGUAUUUCUGCGACAUGACUGGAACCAUGGAAGCUGCUGUGGAUCGCGAACUGAACGGCAGAAGUCCUUCGAAGAUCAAAACUUUAACGAUCUCGGAAAUCAAAGGAGCUAAAACCAUUGCCGGGAUCUCCGCAGAUUUUGUGAAUCUGACGAACCUCCAGCUCACCGAUUCGGGUGUUACAUCCCUUUCGGGACUGCCCAAGUUACCUAAUUUGACAUCCCUGACACUGGACGGCAAUGAACUGAAUGGGGACGAUUUCAAUCGACUGGUGGAGAACUGCCCGAAACUGGAACGCUUGACGCUGAAGAAGAACCCCAUUAAAGAUCUCAGUAAACUGCAGCCGUUGGAAAAGCUGGAGCACUUGAAAGAUGUUGACCUGAGUGGAUGCGAAAUUGCCAAAGGUGAUUAUCAGGAGAAGCUGCGAGAACUGCUUCCCCAGUUGAAGAAACAUACCAAUGGUGAUUCCAAGAAUGGCGACGAUGCUGAAGGGGAAGAGGACGAAGAUGAUGACGAUGAAGACGACGACGAUGAUGAUGAGGAUGAUGAGGACGGCGAGGGUGAGGAGAGUGGAAACUUGGCGGAUUUGAUGAAGGAAUACGGCGCAGAUGAUGAUGAUGACGAUGAGUUUGAAGGGGAAGACGAUGAUGACGACGACGAUGACGAUGAUGAGGAGGAGGAAGAAGAAGAAGAAGGUGACAACAACGAGGAGGUAUCACCACCAGCUAGUGCGAAGCGCGGUGGGAAACCUGCAGGUUCGCCGCAGAGAGGAAUGAAGCGCAAGGCUGAGGGUGAUGGCCGCGACGAAUAGAUUCCUCCGGCAUCAGACUUUUGAAGUUAAUUCUGUUCCCUUUACGGUUACUAUUCCGUUUUUAUUGGUAAAUCUGUAUGAUGAAUCCAUUGCAACUUUGGCUCUGGCUUUGGAAUUGUUGACUCUUUCUUAUUAGAUAUUGGUACUGUAAUCUGCAUUGGUAUUUUAAUUGUAUAUCAGCGGACUUUUUGGUUACGAAUCUUUCAUACACUUUCCAUUUUUUUAGCUUUGCGAAGUGCUUAUGGUUAGUUAUAAAACCUAUAAAAGUUCAGUAGAUACACA